UUACGUCGCAGUUCGAAAAGUUUGUCCACUUUUUUUUCACAAAUAUGAGAAAAGGAAUUCUUGCAAUUUUCUUUGAUAUAAUCCCCCUAGUUUCAAUUUCUUCAGUAUUAUUAUCAAACUGUCUUACGAGUGCAUUGUUUGAAGGAGAAAACUGUACGGUUCGAUUAAACCAUGAAGAGGGUCGUUGUAUUAAAGUACAUGAUUGCCAAUAUGCCCUCAAACUAAUUCGUAGUAGACGAAACCCUGGAGCAUGUGGCUUUAAGGGAAACGAUCCAUUCGUGUGUUGCCCUUUGUCGUCAAAAAUGAAGGAUCUUCCUGGAACCUUAAGUGUAACAAAAUGUAUGGGCUAUGACGACGUUUUAAUUGAAAGACUAUUUCUCGGCGAACAAGUUCCUCUUCACAAGUUUUCUCACAUGGCAGCCAUUGGUUAUGGCAAAUAUGAAACGUACAUUCCAUGGUUAUGUGGAGGAAGUUUAAUUAGUUACAACUUUGUACUGAGUGCUGCGCAUUGUGCGUAUAAUCAAGAGUAUAAAGAGGCUCAAUGGAUACGUCUUGGUGCCUUAGAUCUCAAAAACACCAUCGAAGCCAACCAUCGAACUGUAAAAAUCAGUCAGAUUUACACACAUCCAAAUUAUAAAUAUCCUUCCUAUUACUAUGACAUCGCUCUAUUCAAAAUGGAUAGAAAUUACUAUGCUUAUAAACCGGCUUGUUUACAUCCGUAUCAUAAUCUUCCCCACGAGAAUUUGCUAAUCAUUGGAUGGACUAAUGAAAGUAAUUCAGGAACAACCAGGGGCUAUAUAUUGAAUGCAACUUUGAGUCUGGUGGAUCGUAAAACAUGUGCUAAGAGAUAUAAAAGUGUAGCCAAAACAAGGAAACUGAAAUCAGGUAUUUUGGACAAGAUUCAGAUAUGCGCUAGUGAUGCAAAUACUUGCCAAGGUGAUUCUGGGGGACCUCUUCAUUAUAGAGUCGAUCCGAAGAGUCCAAGGCAGGGUCAUUUUGUUAUUGUAGGAAUUACUUCCUUUGGCAAACCCUGCCGUAGAAAAAAUAGUAUUGGUGUCUAUACAAGAGUAUCAGCCUUCAUUGGUUGGAUCGAAGAUAUUGUUUGGCGACAAAAUGAAGAUAACUUGGAACCUGAUGAUUUUGACAUUGAUAUAGAAUACUCCUAAUAGUUUUCCCAGCUGAAAGAACCUAUCGUAAACGUAAAAAAAACGUGUUUAAAACUCUUGCUCUUUAUUUUAUGGUUUAUUUAUUAGUUAUUGUAAACGCAAGCCAUAAAGUAGAUUUGAAUGAGAUUUGUGCUAAUACGGACAAUGAACGAUAUCCAGAAUAAUAUUUUGACGAUAUUAAAUUGUAAUAUAUCCGAGCAUACAAAUCUUAGUACUUUUAGACAGUCGCCUGGAAAAAUAAUUAUGAAAAUAUAAUAUUAAAAGAUCUAUUCAGGUUAUACCUGUCAUUAAUUUCUUAAAACUGUAAUGUCUGUCACUCAGUUUUAUGCUGAUUAUAGGAAAAUAGCAAUUCUGUAACAGUACCUACACCCCUAUCGGAAGUCACUAAAAUCUUUUGGUUUUUAUCCUUUUAUGACUCUUGUUCAGAAGUUGUUGUGAGUCCAAAAGAAAGUUUAUGUUCAGUUAAAACAUUAUCUGCCGAAAGAAACCACACAACUGAAGGUACGUUUCUAUUAUAUUUAUAUUUAGUACAAAUUUAACAAUCAAUAUUACCAGAAAGCAUAAACUGUUUCACGAAUGUUAAUAUCGACUGUCUAAAAAAUAUUUAAAAAAGUAUAUAAUACUAACAAAAAAAAACCUUGAGACGCUUUAUUUCGUCUAAUUCUUGUAUUGAUCGAGGUCACACAACAGCAAAAAACUUUUUCAUUUCAAAAAGCAGUCUAAAUCAAUCAAGGGUUCAUUACGAUGGUGCUUAAGAUAAUUACAGAACUACGAAUAAGUUUUAGAAACAAACACAAAGCAAAAACAUUUAAAUACAGUAGAGAAACACAUUAACGUAAGGAUAAUUUCGUCAGAACAUUUCGAACUUUUUGUUCGUACGUUUUUUUAAAGUGGGCGAAAUGUGACUUAGUAACGGAAAAUUAGUUGACAGAUUUGGAGAUUUUAUGAUGAUGCUUUAUUGAGUGUAAUAUUACAAAAUUGUUAAGUAAAAAUUUGAAAUAGCAUAACUAGAAGUUCUUAUUGGAAUAAAUAUACAGGGUGAAUAUUAUAAUAACGGGACCCUGACCAAAUUUCAAUGCAACACCAAAUACAUAUCUCGUAUCUAACACUGUAUUAUCCAUUCACGAUCUUUAUAUAGUAAAGUAGACUUUGAUAUUUUUCCUUUAAGUUGGAUAAACUGAUUUGAUUAUUUAGUUUUUUGUCUGUCAGUAAUCUGAUUGACAUUUGUUUUGAGCUGGAUUGCCACUUUUCUACUUCAUUUAUUAGAUCAGAAUUAUUAGACGCAAUUUUUUAAUCAAGCAACUGAUGGAUGUAUGUUGUGUUGCAUUGAAAAUUGGUCAGCGUCCCGUUAUUAUAAUACUCACCCUGUAUAUCAGGUUUCUCCAUGUCGGUGUGUAAAAAUUACAAAACAAGUGCAUGCUGCUAAAAAAAAUUUUUUUUAAUCUAACUAAAACAUAUUUAUGUACAUUAAAUGGCCACUAUCUCGGACACAUCUACUAAGAUCUAGGAGUUGAAUUUUAUCUACUUUAUACAAUUAUUAUAAAUUUAAAUUCAUCCUUGUAAACACAGUCCCAAUUGAAUAAAUACCUCUAACAAUCCAAAAAUUAAAAAAUAAAACAAACUGUGUUCAUCAGAGGCUGAGUCUUACCGCAAGUCCUAACUUGUAAUUUACAGAAUAAUUUUCGGAACAUUGUAUCUUUCUCUCUGUCAUUAUAUUCAUGGCGAAAAUAGACUAUAA